CCAAACGGCUUUCCGUAGUUAAUUCAUUUGCGCCUGCUAGUCAUGCACCAGCGAAAUCAAAAUUAAGAAGAAUUACUAUAUUCAUCCAUUGGCAAGGGGGGAAGAAACGAGUGGAAGAAGUGAGUUAGGCACGUUACAAUAAAGUGCUAGUGUAAGUGCAUACUCCAGGAGUCGCUGUGUCUCGCUACGAGAAACUGACGAUUUACGGGCGCGCAAAUAUGACGUUGAGCGACUGAUACGGAAACGAGAUGAGCACUGAAAAUCAUGUGGAUUUGUUUUUAUGCUUUCUACAGCUAUUAAUGAAAUUGCGUGUAUUUUUUUAAAUGUUUUUUAAUUCGAAACCAAGACUUGUCGCUUGCAAUGAUUCCCAUCACGGUGCUUGUUAUGCUUCUUGUAGGCUGGUGCUUGAUAUAUCUGGCGGAUACCAUUCUGAAGACUGCAACUAGUAUUAAACACUCAUAUGAAAACUGGCUUGCAUCAAAUGGACUUAUGCUUUCUCCAUUUCAUGUCAGAUGGCAGACUGGGCUUUUUAACCGUUUGUUUGCCAAAUGGGGACGAUGGAAUCCCAAAUUUUUGUAUUACUGGUUUACCAUGGGGAUGGUAUUUGGAAUAAUGGCAAUGUUUGGAUCUAUCAUACUUCUUUUCAAGACCCUGAUGCAGACUUUAUCCCAAAUGAUGUAUGAGAACCCAGAUGGUUCACAUGAGCAGGUGUUGCAGGUUGUGGUGCCUGGUGUUAAUCUUCCUGUCAGUCAAAUGGCUUAUUUUUUUGUUGCAAUUCUCAUUAGUGGUGUCAUUCAUGAAAUUGGCCAUGGGGUGGCAGCAAUCAGAGAACAAGUACGAUUUAAUGGAUUUGGGAUGUUCAUUUUUAUUAUCUAUCCUGGUGCAUUUGUGGAUCUGUUUACAACUCACCUACAGCUUAUAUCUCCAGUUCAACAGCUACGCAUUUUCUGUGCAGGGGUAUGGCACAAUUUUAUCCUGGGAUUAGCAGCAUUAGUCUCCCUGUUGGUACUGCCACUGUUCCUCCUUCCGUUCUACUAUACAGGAGCUGGUGCCCUGAUCACAGAAGUCAUAGAGGAUUCUCCUGCAAGUGGCCCCAGAGGAUUGUUUGUUGGUGACCUUGUUACCCAGUUGGAGGACUGUCGUGUUCUAAGUGUAGAAGACUGGCAUUCAUGCAUGAAGGAAAUUAUUUAUAGACCUCAGACUGGAUACUGUGUUAAUGAGGCAACUUUACAGUGGGUACAGGCUCCAAACAGAGCUUUCAAAAGGCUUGAUGGCACCAUGGAAUGCUGCAAUAACAACAGCCUCACAGAUAUUUGCUUUACUUACAGCAACAACUUAGAUAGUCAUCUGUAUGCUUGCUUACCUGCAAGGAGGGCUAUUGAAUCCAGCGGCAUAUGUCGAUCCAAUACAGACUGUCAAAAGGAUUUUGUUCCUGAGCUGUGCCUAAUUCCUUCUCUAGAGAACCAGACACGACUAAUUCGUGUGAAACACCAACCACAGAUGGAUAUGCUGUUUGUUGGAUAUCCACUUCAUCUUCAGUAUGCGGUGAGCAUAACAAACUUUGUGCCACGGCAUGGAUUUCUUCAUUUUGAUUUGCCGGUAGUAAUGGAAACAUUUUGCAAAUAUGUGAUAUCUCUUUCAGGGGCCCUUGCAGUUAUUAAUGCUGUACCUUGCUUUGCACUGGAUGGUCAAUGGAUACUAUCUUCCUUUCUGGAAGCUACGUUUUCCUCUUUGAUUGUGGAAAAGCAAAACAGAGAACUGUUAGGAUUUUUUAUCUUACUUGGAGGGAGUAUCCUCCUAGCAUCCAAUGUAGCUUUAGGAUUGUGGAUGGUCACUGCUAGGUAGCCUUUAAGUUGGAAAUACUCAAUUUCAAGACAUAUCUUGUUUUUAUUACAAGCUGGAGAUGAAAGGCUUAAAAACUGUAAAAUUAUCACACCAUUUUAAACUUUUUAAAAGGGUAAUAGUUCUGUAAAUUUUAAAUUUUAAUACUGUAUGUUUUACAAAUAGUAGAAACAUUUUUAAUUGAAUGCUUGUUUUUAUAAAUAAGCAGCUUGAUGCUUCACCACAUCUAGCAUUAGCUGACGGGUUCACAUGACUUUUAUUUUUUGGUUUUCUCUCAGAAUAUAUAUUAGCGGGCUUUCUGUUUACAAAUUUGAAGGAAACAAAUAUAUUGGCUUUCAUAACAAUGUUUAAAAGAAACCAUCUUCAAAGCAAUUAAGUUCUGUAACUUAAGUGAGGUCUCUGUGGUUGUCCCUUUUGCAUAAGCUAAUAUGCAAACAAUGUAGAAAAAAAAUGCCCAAACUUUUCAGGAUAACAUGUAGGAAGAUGAAUGUCAUAAGAUUUUUAGGAAGAGCAUUACAUUUAUCAGACUUCGCAUGAAGUUAACUAACAGUGCAGGAUCACUGUUUUUAUAUUUACACUUUAAACACUUUUUUCUCCUGUAGAUACUUGAUUAAAUAUUGGUGACUCUGUGCACUUAUUGAAGAUUUAAAGUCAUUUAAAAUCUUUUAAUAAGUAUGUUUAAGACAGGGUUAAUAAACAAAAAAUUGUAUGUAGAUUAAGAUUGUUAUGUAGUCAUUAUGUUUAAGCUAAUAAGAACAUACUUGUUUUGAUUUCAGAUAAGCUGUUAGUCAACUGAUAUUUAUAUUUUAGAAAAUUUGAUCAAUCCAAACUCAUAAUUAAGAAAAACAGCUGAUCCAUAAACAUAUUUUUAGUGGUAUAUGACCCUAGAUUUUUUUUUUAGCUUCUCUAGAAUACAAUCCUCACAUUCUAUGUACUUUUAAUACAGACUAGCCCCCCUGUUGUUAUGUUGUAGAGUUCCUUCUCUGACCAACAAUAAAAAAUGAAAACAUAAUAAAAUUAAGCAAUCAUGUAAAUAAGUGGUAAUUAGCAAUUAGAAAUUUAUUUUAGUUGUUUUUAAAGUAGCCUGCAUUAUUCUGCAGUGUAAGAUAUGUUACUGCCCUGCCUUAACAUUAAGACUCUGCCCAUUUUAUUGACAUGUACUCAUUAAUGAGAGCUCAACUUGUAAAGGAAAACUCAUAUUCAUUAUCUGUAAGUCUGUGUGUCUGGUCCUCCUUUUCCAAAUUUAGAAUCACAGGAAGAUGGAUCUUACUGUGACAAAGUAAUUAAAGGACAGGGACCGAUUCUGGAUAGUCCCAGUACAUUGCCAGAGUCGAGCACACAUCCAGACCUUCUUAGAGUUGUCAGUCACCUUUACGUACAUGUCUUUGGGAUGGAGGAGAAAAACAGCAACCACAGAAAAAUCUACACAGAGCGUGAAUAUUCAACAUAGCCAGUGACUAGUUGGAAUUCAGGCCCAGUUUCCUGGAAUUGUGUUGGAGCCUAAACCCUUGAGCAUUGUUGCACUCUCUUAAAUGGAGGCAACAAGCUGUGGAGUCUGAAUGAAUAAUACCUAUAGCAUCCAUAUGCGAUAAAGCUUUGUUUGUGUUGAGUAAGAUUUAGGUUACAUGCUUACUUGGUAUUGAUGUGGUCACAUACCUAUGUUUAUGCAUGCUUAUGUAAAGUAUGGAAAUAACUUAAUCUGUAAAUGUUAUAAGUUUCUUUAAACAUCCCAGCAUGAUAUUCUUUAAGAAAAUAAUGGACAAUUUACACUUGCAUUAUCUUAAUGUGAAAGAGGGCAUUUCUUAAGGGAGAGUGAUAUAUAUAUAUGCGCUACUUGUAAACCAAAAGGAAAGGUUUAUCAGUUCUGUUUCCCAGUGUUCAUUUAACUUAGCAGAACUGUGAUGUUUAAUUGUGUUUUCUUUUUUUUUAAAUGGGUUAUCUCCUUACAGGACAAAAAUGGCAUUAGAGAUUACUUGCAUGUCUGCCACAUUUUAAACUUGCAGUUUUGAUAUCUUAUUUGAUAUUGGUAAGUUGAAAAAUAAAGGACUACACCAACAACCCUUGAAAGUAUAUAGCAAUUGCCACUAUUAUACAGUGGACAAUUUUUGUGUAAUAUCAUUACAAGAUCUUGUAUAACGUUUAUACAAUCUGAAUGAUUUAAUUAUAAAUCUGUGAUACUAAAGGAGAACAAGGUAGAAAAUGUAAUUUGUUGUAAAUGUACAGCAAUGUAAAUCCAAGUGUGCUGAAUCAGGGCUAGGUAUGCAGAGUGCAUUAAUAUUCACAUUUCUCUCAUUAAUUAUAUAGUCAAAAGCAAAAAAGGUGUUUUUAACAGCAUUACAUUUAUUUUUCAUUUUGUUUUAUGGUUUUACAACCCUUGCAAGU